UUCAAGCACCUCCUCCUCCCCCGCCGGCCAACAACUCAGCCGCCGCAACCGCCACAUCAGCCAUGGGCGCCUGCGCAACCAAGCCCAAGACGCUUGAGGGGCAGGCCCCAGCUGAGGCCGCCGUCUCCACACCCAAGGUUGCGCCCGAGGCCACUCCAAUCUCCGUUGAGGUUGCGGCUGAUGAACAGGUAGCUGAGAAGGUGGUGGUGGAGGAGCCGGCUGCGGCGGCCGACGUUGAGCAUCAGAAGGCUAAUGAGGUGGUCGCUCCAGAGGCGGCCGUCGCCGAGCCCGAUCACAAGGAGGAGGAAGCCGUGGAGAAGACCGUCGUCGAGGAGGAGAAGCCAGCGGCAGCCGCCAAUGCAGAGGAAAAGGUCGCCACCGCCGCCGAGACCACGACGACGGUGGAGGCGAAGAAGAAGGACGUCGAGGAGGCCAGGAAGGAGAAGCAGGCGCAGCAAAGCUGACCGACUGUCCGUGCAUGCGCGUGCCAACUAAUAUAAUUAUUGGCUGAUGAUACCUGAUGAUCAGUGUGUGAUCGAGCAAGGAGACGACACUUGAAUUCUCUACAGUUGGCAUAGCGGCAUAGGUCGGGAGAGACACUCUCGACUGGCCACACCAUGUAACAAACUAACCUUCUUCGAUGUCUCCCAUUAUUUUCCUCCACGGAGUUCUUCUGAUGAAACAACAUGUUCUAAUUGGGCUUACUGUGGAUGUUGUCUCCAUUAUUAAUUAAUCGCUUUGCCAUGAAUUAUUAUUCA